AUGGGACACUUCCGUAGGUUCUAUCCUAAGUGCGCCGUAAUUUGUUAUAUCGAAUUAUUAUGUCGAUUAUGUCAUACAAUUCAAACAUCGGACGGUCAUUGUUGCAUCAUGGCUGAAGGUGCUUUAGAUAAUUCAUUAAUUUAUCUUUUUGCUUCGGUAACUGGUAAUCAACUGGUCACAUUCAAAACAAGUCAUUAUGUAACAACAGCAAAAAUGAUUCAACAAUUUAUUAAACAUAAACUAACACAGGCAUACAUCGAAGCAGGCAUUAGGAGUGAAAAAAUGCUACUAUUAAUAACAGAAGAAGAUUUUCAACAUACUGAUUUAAUUAUACACGUAAUGAACUUAUUAAAUUCAGAAGAAAUGACGAGUCUCUUUUCCUUGGAAGAAGAAACGAGUGUAUUGAAUUCUGUCAGAACACAAGUACAACAAGCGGGUCUCACUUUCUCAAAACAAGUGGCAUGGGAGUUCUUUUUACGUAAUGUAAAAGAUAAUAUUCGUGUGUUAAUAUUAUUAAAUGAUACUAGCGAAAGAUUUCAGCAAUUAUGUUUGGAUUAUCCAGCUUUAUUCAAUAAUAUUUCAUUAAUUUAUCUACAACAUUGGGAUUAUAAAACAUUGGUUAAAAAUGCCAUGUAUCAUUUAAAAGAACUAUCAUGGUUAGAUAAAGCAGAUGCUGAAAAUACGGCUCAUUUGUUAGCAUCAAUGCAUUCUUCAAUUCAUACACAUAAUGAAGAACAACUACCACAUGUUAAUAAUCAUACAUAUUCAAAAUUUGUUGAAAAAUUUGUUUUGAUAUUGAGUGAUAAAUCAUUAUUUGUUAAACAAUCACAUGAAGAUGUCACACGUUUAUUAGAACAAAUUCAAUAUCAACAUACAACAGCAGCAAAAUUAAAGUCGGAAUUGGAACAUGAAAAAAUGGUUCUAGAUGAAAGAUUAAAAAGUACUGAAAGAAUGCUUGUUCAAAUUGGUCAAGAUAUGGUUAUGGCUGAACAACAAAUACGAGCCCAUAAAUCUCAAACAAGACGAACUGUCCAAUUAAAGAGACUUUUACCAGAAUAUCAGUUGACACAAGAAAAGAAUAUUUACAAAAUGUUGGCAACAGCAACAGAUGCACGAAAAUUAAUGCAAAAUAUUGAUAUGAAUUCUCUACAAGAAUUACGAUCCAUUCAAAAACCAGAACAACAAUUAGAAGAUAUUUUAGCAUCGGUGAUUAUGAUAUUGAAAUCACCAACGGCUGAUGUGAGUUGGCAAAAAGGUGCUAAACGACAAAUGGCUAAUAUCGAUAGAUUUUUGGAAGAAACUCAAUCGUUCGAAAAAUUAGCACUGACAGAAGAAUCAAUAAAAUUGAUUGAUAGUGUUAUUGAUCGUGUACAAUUGUCAGAUAAUACGGAUUAUUCAGAAAAACAUUAUCCAUCAAUGGUAUCACUUUACAAAUGGGUCAAACGUGUUCUACAAUAUCAUUCAAUUUUGUUGAAAAAAGUUCGUCCAUUACAUAAUAAAUGUAAAGAAAUCGAACAAGAUGUGCUUGAACAAGAUCAAAAAUUAAUUUUAUUAAACAAAAAGAGUGAGGCAUUAGAAGCGCGUUUAAAAGAUUUAUCACAAAAUUUUGAAGAAGCAACUGUCGAUAAGAAAGAUCAAGAAGAAAAAGUAUUGUUAAAAACAAAUCAGUUGCAAACAGCUUCACAACUAAACACGAUUUUAUCUCGUGAAUAUGAACGUAAUAUUCAAAUAUUUGAGUCACUAAAAGAUCGUGUUCAUAGUUUACCAGCAAGUUGUGCUUAUGCAGCUGGUUUUCUUACCUACAUUGGACCCUAUUCAUACGGAUUUCGACGUUUAAUGUUAACCAUUCAUUGGGCCAAAUGUAUUCGAGAUAGAGGUUUACCGGUAAUAUUUGAUGAAAUAUCAAGUGUUAAAGGACGAGUUAUAAAUUGGCAAUUUGACGGUGGAAGAAAAAGUGUACAAGGCAAUAUGAAUGGUCGUAGUUCGUCCGCUUCACGUUUAUUAACCGAUGCACAACAACAACAACAACAACAGUUACCUGAAACAGGCGAACUGAUACCUGGACAAAGUCAAGUACUAACAAAUAUAACAGAAGAACAGACGGAUGAUGAAACCGCGGCAGUGGCAGCAGCACCAGAUGAAGAGCUAGCAAAACAAAAUCAACAAGAAACGAAUGAAAAUUUAAUGAUAGAGCAAAAUCUGAAUAACGAUGAUAACAACAACAACGAGAUGGCCGAUGCGGAAAUACCAUUGAGUGAAUUAAGUCAAAUAAUGAAUGCAACUGAAUAUCAACAAUUUUUAUUCUCUUUAAUUAAAUUUAUUAUUGGAGAUGAUACAUUUUUAAAAUGGCUAAGUGAAGGCGUCUUAUCAUCCCAAAUUGAGAAUAAUACAAUAAUAAUUAAAUCUACAAAAUAUCCAGCACUCUUACUAGAUCCAUUUUCUGCAGCAACCACUUGGAUUCAAAACUAUUAUAAACCAGAAACAAUCGAUUUUGAUCAUGGAACGAAUGAUGCUGUUAUGUUAAUUGAACAAUCAUUUCUCAAUGGUACAACUUUGAAAAUAACAAAUUGCAAAUCAUUGGAUAGUAUUUUAUAUCCAUUGGCACAGUGGAAAACGACAUUAAAUGAACAAAAUCGAAAAGAUGAUAGUAAUUUGAUUAUUUACUGUGGUCGUCGUUUAUAUUGUUCACCCAAUUUUUCAUUUUUAUUUCAAACUGAUUAUUCAUCAUUGAAAUCGAUCGAUCGUUCGUUAACUUUAUUAACUACAUGUUGUAAUUAUCAAUAUUCGGUCGAGAAUCUAUUAGAUGAUUUAAGAACAGAAGUAUUUCACUGUAUAAAACCAAAAUUGUAUCAAAUGAAAUUAAAUAUCCUUAAAUCAGUUCUUAUUGGUGAACAAAGAGUGAAAUCAAUCGAUGAACUGUUAAAAGAUAAAUGGAAAAGUGAUGGUUUUCAAGCGAAUGAAGUGAUGAUUACAUCUGUGGCUUUGGAAAGAAAAUACAAGCUCGGUGAAAUAUUAGAUGAAUGUUAUCGUCUCUUAGAUCAAAUAGAAUUAGAAAUUGAUAGUCUCUUUCCAUUUGCUCAGCAUGCAGCUGUUCUCUAUUCGGUUAUUCAACGAAUGAAUCUAUUAUCGCCAGAUUAUAAAUUUUCAUUACAAUUGAUUUACGAUCUCUUAGAUCAAUACUGUGGAAAAAUUAGUAUUGAUACAAAAGAAUCACCAACUUCACAAACCGAAAAUGAUCGUGAUCCAGACUUUCCUGAACUACCCACUCUACUAGAUACAAGUAAUUUAAAAUAUGACAAUGAUAUGACGACACCGGUUAUGGAUGAAAAACAAAUACAAGAAAAGAUUCAAAAAAUGAUCGAAUCAUUCGUUAAAAAAUUAUUACCUCAAAUAUCAGCAAAACAUCGACUUCAUUUCUUAGUUUUAUUGCAAUUUUUUAUUAAAACAGCAUCGCCAAGUGAAUCAAGUGCAUCAAACGCAUUGGAACUGGAAUUAUUAGCGACAGGUUUACCAGCCAUUGAUACUGAAGCAUUAAAUUUUCCCUCGAUUAAAAAGCCACAAUGGUUAGAUGAAUCCAAAUGGUUUGAUUUAUGUUCAUUAACACAGUUAUUCUCUGAUCAAGAUUUACUUGGACAACUAUCACGUGUAAUAAUGACAAAUGAAAUUGAAUCGAAACAAUGGGAAGAAUGGUAUGAUGAACCACAAACAAAAACGAUACCAAAUUUAAAAAUUAAUGGAGAAGAAAAAGUGUUAAAUGAAUUUGAAAAACUGUUAUUAAUACGAAUAUUGAGACCUGAUUAUUAUCUAUUGUCAUUAACAGAUUAUGUUUUCAAAGAAUUUAAUUUACGUGAGAUGACCAUUGAUAUUAAAUUAUUUAAUGACGAACAAAAAUCGUGUGUGAUAGUUAAUUUACCUGAUAUGAAUGUUGAUGCAAGUUUAAAUGACAAAUAUGAUGGAUACUUGACAACAAAAACACAUGUCAAUGAUGUUAUUGAAAAAUUUGUACAAGGCAAAUACAAAAGUGUUCGUGUUAUUGACUGUCCACUGCUGAAUAUUCAGACAACAGCUCAGAAACUGCCAACGUCAGAUAAUGAGAAACAACAACAGUAUGAUAUGAUAAUGUUGAAGAAUUUUGAUACAAGUUCAUUAUCGAAUAAAAUAGUGUUGACAAUAUUCGAUGAUAUCAGACAUAAUCGUCUAUCAUAUCAUGUUUUAAUUACAAAGAAAUCCUUUGUCGAACUACCAAUUCAUAUUUCUGUCAAUUCUCUUCUAUUUGACUACGAUAGUUUACUGUUUACAAUCGAACAUAGAUCUUCUUCCACUUCUCUUCCAUCAAUUGAACUCCUUAAUUUAACUUAUUAUGAUCGUACACAAUUUAUUCGACAUACAUUAGCUAAUAUAGUACAAAAUUCUUCACCAAUAUUAUCUCAAUGUAAAAAGAAUCAAAUUACUAUUCUUUAUGGUUGUAUUCUCAUUCAAGGUAUUCUACUUUCAAUUCAACUCUUUAAUCGAUCAAAUUUAGCGAACUGGAUACCAUGGACAAACAAUUUUGCUCAACAUAUUUUAACUAUUUUGUCAUCGGAUCAAUCAGGAUCAGAUCCAAAAUAUUCUAAACCAAUUAUUGAACAAAUCUUUCAUACAUUUAUCACCGAUCCAAAUGAUUUUUCGUAUGUUCAACAUUGUCUUGAUGAAUUAUUUCAACAACAACAACAAGCCACAACAAAAUUACGUUUAGAUAAUUGCGAAUUUUCUGUGCCAAUAAAUGAUAAUCAAUACACAUACGAAUGGUUUAUGAACGAACAUAAACAAAAUCAGGACUUUAAACUAUCAAAAAUUAGAGUAAAUGAUUAUUGUACGACAGAAAAACAGCGACUGAAACAGUAUGAACAGUUUACGUUAGAGUUUAAUCAAUUGUGGCAUUUCAAAAUGCUAAAUAGAGAAGAAUUAAAAAUAAAUCUUGUUAAUUUUGCGUUACAAUUACUCAAAGAAAGAUUACCACCACAACUAAAUCUCAAACAUAUUUCAUUAGAAAAUCUUGAUCCAUUAGCAAUUGAGUUAUAUCAAGAAAUUGAAUAUUUUAAUAAACAGUUGCAAUUGGCUCGUUAUCAUGUUAAAAUCAUCGAAAAUUAUCUUAGUUUGGGUUCAGUAUUAUUUUCGAAACACUGGAAACCUAUUGCACUUGCUCUACAAGAACAACGAAUACCCGACUGUUGGAAAACAGUAAAAACUCGAAAUCAGUAUAUUGGUAUAACACAAUGGAUUCAUGAUUGUCGUCGUCGAUUUAAUGAAUAUUAUGCGUGGUUAAAUGCCGAUUUAUCAACUGUACAACAAAUCAAUGCACCAUUUAUUCAUCGAGCAGAAUAUUUGAUACAUGCCCUACGCAUCAUGGAAGCAACACGAUUAAAUGUUGAUAUUCACAAUAUUGUUUGUAUUGGGAAAAUGAACGAUUCAUUGACAAACGAUAAAAAUCGAAACUAUCUUGUAUUCAAUAGUAUGACAAUAAUCAAUGGUUUAUGGGAUUCAACAACUAAUACGAUCAAAUUCACAAGCACAAUUCCUCCCGUAUACGUUUAUGCUGUUGAUCAAAAAUCACAAGAUAAUAUAAAUAUCAAUAGUAGAUGUCCAGUGUACAGUUGUGCAACGCGAGAAACGUAUUUAUUUUCUGUAAAUAUCGAAAAGAAUGAAUUGAAUUCAACAGCAUUCAUUGUAUUGAAUAACGAUGUUGAACAAUCAUCUCCAUUUCGUUUCAACCCCUCACCCUUGCCUAGUGUCACUACUCAGUUGCUCCAACCAUCGGCAAAUAUUUCAACAGCACGGCAUGAUAUGACAAAUGUCAGACAAUCUGUCAACAAUAAUAAUUCACGUCUUGGUGGUAUUAUUAGCCAAUUUUCACAAAAUUCACAAGUAUCACAAAGUACACCCAGAUCUCAAACGCCACAAGAUGUACCUAAAGAUAUUAGAAGAGAUGAACCAAUGUUAGGAUUUUAA